GACGCGCACGUUCGUCUCCUCGCCUCAGCCUCUUUCACCCGUCGGUGGACCAACCUGUGCGGCCGUGUCGCGCGCGCGGUUCCAUCGUCGCGUUUCUCCUCCUGACCGAUCAGUCGGCCAUCGGAGUUUACCUGAUCCGCCAGUGCCAGUGUCGCGUCGCAUCGCGUCUCGUCUCGCGUCAUCUUCUCGACUUUUCCGGUACCUUAAUGACGCAAAUCAAAUCAGAAUAAUAAACGACACGGCAGUUCGCGCUUCAUUCUCAAAUGACCAAUAAGCCCAAAUAAGAGUUGUUAUCGGUGGACAAGACGAUUAUGCGGGAGAUUUUAAUUAUGACACGAGUCGAUGAUCUUAUCGAGGAUCUUAUCGAGGUCGAUCGAGUCGAACUCAGCUCCAUCCGAUCUGGCGCCUCAAAUUAGCGUGCUACGUAUCGAUCCUUGUUGAGACGUCUUGUAAAGAGUAUCGGAGAACGUGUUAGGUUUCAAAGCAACAUAUCUCUCCUCUCGGCACGUCUCAUCGUCAUAUCAAUAUCUGUCCAAUUUUUCCGAAGUCGAUAAUGUCUGAGUGAAUCAAUCCGAGUGAUCUACAAAUUCGUACAAGCCGAAUCAGCUUAAUAUCGAUACAAUGCGAGGACAAGGUCAGACGAUGUCGGUCAAGUAGUUAUAAAGAAGAUUCGACGACCUAAAUAAAUCGCACCCUGAUAACUCUCGAAAACGUAUGUCUUUGAUAUCUAUGAAAAAUAUGUUUUUCGAUGCGCGUGUGAGUGCCGGUCGUUAUCAGUGAAAUAACAAUGGAGACGCAUCACACUAAUAACGGCUUAUCGUCCAUGGAAAACAAAGCCGGCCCAUCGAAUAACGAACACUGCAGUAACAAUUCCCUGGACGACGCUGUGGGCAAGUUACUACAAGGAUACGACUGGACGUUACUUCCGGUGACUUCGCGCGCAGGCGGUCGAAGAAGCGCUCACGUGAAGCGUCCCAUGAAUGCCUUCAUGGUAUGGGCGCAAGCGGCGAGGCGAAGAUUGGCCGACCAAUAUCCGCAAUUACACAACGCCGAGCUAUCGAAGACGCUAGGAAAGUUGUGGAGGAUUUUGAGCGACGGCGAGAAGCAACCGUUUAUUGAGGAAGCAGAGAGAUUACGGAAUGCGCACAAGAAGCAACAUCCGCACUACAAGUAUCAACCGCGUCGAAGGAAGCCCAAGUCGGAUGAUCAGAUGGGCAUUAUCGUACACAGAAGUAGUUUACCUUCGUCAGGUACUUCUCUCGAUUCAACUGGCACCGGUUCAGACUGCACAAGCUACACCCGUCUGUAUUCGGAUGCCGGUAUGAAAGCGUAUGAGCGAGCGGCUUACGGACACGAGUCCAAGUCCACCUACGAUCACCUGGCCCGGCCAGGUAUCUGGGUGAACGAGACAGCCAAGUAUCCAGCCGAUCAUCCCAACAAGGCGUACGACGCGACCACGAAGAGCUACGCUGAAGCCAAGUGUCACGAGGUUGCCAAGUAUCAUCACGAGAUGACCAGUAGCAAAUAUCAUGAGAUGACUGGCGGUGGUGCCAAGUACCCGGAACUACAGUCCAAGAACUACGAGCUGCCCAAGUAUUCGGAAACCAAGGGAUAUUCCACAGAAAUGAGCGGCGCCGCUACCAAAGCGCCGUACGCUUACGUGCAUGGCCAAUAUUACCCCGCAGCUGAAGGAUACGCCGUACACGAGGAGAACGAAUAUCAGGCGCAGAGCGUCUCGCCACACUCCUUUUAUCCCUAUAUAUCCGCGUCGAUGGCACAACCGCCAUACUAUAUGGGGCCUCGAUAGGUACCAGCUUCCUUGGUCCUUUUUAACGACGACUGUGACACGACUCCUCGUCGUAUAGUGACCUGUCGACAGUUUACAAGAGUCCGUAAAGUAACUCGAGCAAUAGUGGGUGAUACCCGGCGACAAACUCGAUAGACCGUUUAGGUUCCGUGAAGUAAAGCAUAUUACUCGAUAUACGCUUUGUGACAAUAUAUUUCGUUUCUUUUUUUAAUUUAUUUUUCUCUGUAAACGCUAUAACGAUAUUAAUAAAUUACUUCUAGACACUUUGAA